AUGCUGUUCUUGUGGUUGGUGUUGUCCCUUUUGCCCAUCUCUGUCGCCUCAAAUUAUGCAGCGUUAAUAUUUCCAUUUGCAAAUGCAAGUCAAAUCCGAAGAGCGUACUCAAUUGGUGCCGAAGGUGAGUAUAACAGUCUCUUUUCUUCAUGAAGUACUUUAGCUCGUCAUAAUUUGUCCAAAGAAAUAGAUGUUGAGCGAGACGAAAGUGCAAAGAUGGAACUCUUUGCUCACCAUUUCAUGUCUUGCUCAACUGUCGGAAACGAGUUACAAGAGUACAUUGACAGUUUACUGGAUAUCCAAUCUCAGGGGCAUUCGCCUAAGGAAAGCCUAAAGAAAAAGAUUUUGCAAGCAGCCGGAUUUGAUGCUAUAGUAAGUUGACUAUUAUUUUUGAAAUGCUCUCCUUCAGUCAUCAAACCUCUUUAUCAUGAAUUACAAGGACAUUGAGAAGACUAUAAACACUGCCUGUCUGAAGAAUGAAUUGCAAUUACAAUGCGCAUACGGCUUCAUGAAUGACUACGAUAAGAUUCAAGAACAUAUUACUGAGCUUAAGAAGGUACUGCGGACUUGAUAACAAAAAACUGCUUUCAGACUGACGGGAAUCUGAAGGUGAUGUUUGAGAAGGAAUGUAAAAACCCCCAACUGUCUCCCAAGUUGUAUUCCUGUAUUGGUAAACACGUUCAUUUUGUAAAGAAUCAAUGCGCGCUCCCAUUCCUCAAAUAUAAUCAGACCAGAAGAGCCGUGAAUAACAAGAUCGAGGUCAUCUCUCAAGUCUCCCACCGUACGCUCAAUAAAAUCUUGACCCGAUAUGAACGGACGGCUGAUGAAGAUUUGUUGAUCGAGGCGUAAGAAUUUGUUUCCUUAAACAUUCACACCGACACCUGUAGUUUAACUUCUUUUCUUGCAGAAAUAACCAACUCCGCGGUGCAUUGCGGGAAGUCUCAUUUCUGGAAGACCAAAAGUGCGUGCAAUUCCUGGAACUGAGCGCUUGUUUUGAAGUACAGAUGGCCAAUUACUGUGGCCAAGAUACGCUGAAUGUGUUGGAUACGGUGCUGCGGGUUGGUUACUUGAGAAGAGAGAGAGAUACACUUAAUAGUCAUGUACAAAUACAACAACAGUUCGAACAAAUGGAAGUUCCACCCAGCCCGAAUUGUAUUCCCCUAGUCUGAUGACAUGUGCACAUUUCGAGGGAAUGAAUAAAUUAUGUUUUGAAACUCUGAAAAAGACAACUUGACAGGUGGUCGUCUCCUUAAAGAGAAGUGUAACAUAAUUACGAGGUGUAAGACAGGACUGCGGAAGCUUACCUGCCUAUGAAAGAGUAGUCAUGGAUGUCGAUUCGAAUAUUACCUCUGGCCAGGGAUCUAGUUUCAAUUAUUCCUUUGACUACAGCGAUUUUGACAGCAAAGCGUUGGUGCCUAAGGCACAAGAGAUAGACAACUUUACUGCUUGUGCAAAGACAAGUAAGUUAGACAUCAAUUAACGAUAUCCAAUACAGUAAUCGGAGUGCUUACGGUGUCUGCUAUAGUUGUUCUGACGACUGGAAUAACGAGAUCAAAGAAUCAAAAAUUCUUCGGCUUCCAAUGUUACAGUAUGAAUUUAGCAAUAAUCAACGUAUUAAAUAUUGUAAGUCCCGUACGUGAUUAGGUGGUAUUGUAGGUAUCUUUAUAUUGCAAUGACAGAGACAUUAAUCUCUCCAGUUUCCUAACGGAAGGUUUUGCCAAAAGCAUAAAGAUCUAUAACUACGCUUUCAAAAAAACUGCAUCUAUUGUGUUCUGCACAACAACUUUUUUCCUUAUAUACGAAACGACACAGCGAUAUCGGCGAAAUAUUAUUGGGUUUCCCUUGAAAUAUUGGCUCAUCAUUUUGAUUACAGCUGACUUUGUUCCGCUUUUGAUGACAACUAUAGAGGUAUGGAGAUUCCUAAUGCAUAUAACGUUUCAAUUAAGGCGCAAUAUUACCGGUACUCGUCAUACAGACCCAAUCUGGUGGCCCUAUACCAGUUCUUGUGGUUGCAAGCUCUCACACUGGCUGUUUUCGUGUUCAAUGUCGCGAUAUUUUGCAUGUCGGUUAGAAAAAAGAGAGAAGAAAAUUUUGUGACGGACCCUGAGCCUUCUUUUUUGACUCGAAGGCAGAUGAUUAAAUUCUGCGUCUUUGUUAUUUGCACAACAUGGCUACAGUACCCUACAAAUUAUUUACUACCAACUGAGGUUUUUGACUUUGAAUUUGAUCCAGAAAUGUCUCUAAAAUUACUACCUACCAUCCAGGUAACUUUAAUCAUCCUUUUUGCAUAUUGUUUCAGCCGUAUAUCAAACGAAUGAUCGAUUUCCACGUUUAUCUAACCUUUUUGAAACCGUUCUGCGAAACAAUGGCAUGCUUACUCUUUCUAUGCACAAAAUGA